AAUUACAGUAUAUGAGCUAUAGCAGCGACCACGAAGACUCCCCCCCAACCCCCGGAAGCGAAUGGACUCGCCCGCCUGCCCUGUGUAGCUGCUGUCCGCGGUGCUGAACCAGGUCCGCUGCCCCCAGACACUGCAGCCGUUUACUGUCCGCAGCCUUCUGCUGCUGCCCACUGCUGCCCAUUACACGCUCACCCAUUGUGCUGGGCUUUUCUUUGUCCACGGCCUUCCCGGCGCAGUGGAAGUGUUAUGCCCGAGCCUGCCCAUCCCGCCGAGUGAAUGCAUCCCUCGGCCGCCGGCAAGGGAAACAAAAAGAGGAAGGGGCCACACCGGCCGAGCCGAUCCGGGGCCACCGGGGCCACCGGCGGCAGUGGUGGUGGAGGAGGGGGAGGUGGAAGCGUCGGGAGCGGCUCCAAGCCCGACAGGGUGUCCCUGCACAAGCGCAACCUCCACAACUUCUCAUACCCGCUGCUCGCUUUGUUCGGAGUGCUCAGGUUCCUCGCCUUCCAUCUGUGGCUGCUCAUCGCCUACGUAUGCGAGCGCUUGGGCGACCUGCACGCACGGCGUGCCGAGCCGCAACCCGAAGGGCAGGCGGAGCAGGGGCAGGCAGAGGAAGGGCAGGCCCAUGAUGGGCAGAGGGAGCAGCGCCAGGAGGGGCAGCGGCCCGAAGACGCCACCCAGCGCCUGCAUGCCCACCACAAAAACGCGUUCGAGUGCAUCUCGGCUGCGCUCAAGAUUGACGAGGAAGACAAAGGCCGUAAGGAGGAGGCAGUGGAGUGGUAUAGGAGAGGCAUCUCCCAGCUGGAGCAGGGAAUCCGCAUCUCCAUCGAGGGGGAAGGAGAGCAGAUCGACAGAGCGCGGCGUUUGCAGGCGAAAAUGAAAACGAACCUGGUGAUGGCAAAAGACCGCCUGGAACUUCUCGAGGUGGGAAGCCUGCCCAGACGCAGGGAUCCGCUCACCCACAAGAGCCAGUCCCUGCCACGCUGGGGCCCCGGGAAUUCCAGCAGUCCUCGGACCCACGCACAUCAUCACCACUGCGUUCAGCCUACCGGCAGCAACCACCAGCGCCACAGGAGCGCCGGAGGGGGUCUCAAUCUGACCGGCCUACCGCGGCCUGUUGGGCCCUCUUCCCUACUCUCCCUUCCCUCCGGGGCUACCUCAUCGGCAGCAGCGGCGACAGCGAAUCCACUGCCCAGGCAGGGCUCGCCACCCAGCCCGGCAUCUGGGCUGUACCGCCAACUGAGCCAGCCAGCCCUCUCAGCCACCGCCAAGGCUGCUGGGGUGAAGGGUUCGUCUCGGCCCAGCAGCCGGGGCAGCACGCCGCUCUCUUCCCCCUCGCGCAAAAUGGAACUCAAGAACCUGCGCAACGUGGACAGCAAAUUGGCCAGCCUCAUCCUCAAUGAGAUCGUGGACAGUGUCCUCUCGGUGCAGUGGGACGACAUCGCGGGGCAGGAGCUGGCCAAGCAGGCUCUGCAAGAGAUCGUCAUCCUGCCCUCGCUACGGCCAGAGCUCUUCACAGGGCUGCGCGCACCGGCCAAAGGCCUCCUGCUCUUUGGGCCGCCAGGAAACGGAAAGACGAUGCUGGCUAAAGCUGUGGCCAGCGAGUCGAGCGCCACCUUCUUCAAUAUAAGCGCGGCCAGUCUCACCUCCAAAUAUGUGGGAGAGGGUGAGAAGCUGGUGCGAGCCUUGUUUUCUGUGGCGAGGGAGCUGCAGCCUUCGAUCAUAUUCAUAGAUGAGGUGGACAGUGUGCUGUGUGAGCGGCGGGAGGGUGAGCAUGAGGCGAGCCGGCGACUCAAGACGGAGUUCCUUGUGGAGUUUGAUGGGGUUCAGUCUUCUGGGGAAGACCGCGUGCUGGUAAUGGGAGCUACAAACCGGCCCCAAGAGCUGGAUGAGGCUGUGCUCCGCCGCUUCUCCAAGAGGAUCUACGUCUCCUUGCCCGAGGAGGAGACGCGCCUCAAGCUGCUCACGCGCCUGCUGGGGAAGCAUGCCAACCCGCUCAGCCACGCGGACCGCGCACACCUUGCUCGCAUCACAGAAGGAUACUCUGGGAGUGACCUCACAGCGCUCGCUAAAGACGCAGCUUUGGGCCCCAUUCGUGAACUGGACCCAGAGCAGGUGAAAAACAUGUCAGCACAUGAGGUGAGAAACAUCCGAACAUCAGACUUUGAAGAUUCGCUUAAGAAGAUCAAGCGCAGUGUGAACACCGUCACUCUGGAAGGCUACAUCAAGUGGAACAGCGAAUACGGAGACACUGCCGCUGUGGCCUGAUUGCUCGUGAUGUGCCACACGAGGCAAUGCGCAGAGCCGAGGUGUUCGCGUUUGUGCAGUGUGGCUCUCUGACGGGUUUUCAGGUUUCACCGCGUAUUAUUUCGCGUGAUCUUCGACUCUGGCUAUGUCUGAUGAAGCUACCAGCGCAUGGAGCGAAACGUCGGACAUCGUUGCCGAACAACACGCGAUACGACCCGAAAUCGCAAAGCUAAGGCAGUACGCACCCGUGACAAUACAACUCGCAGAGCAUUGCAUGACGAUGCCAUGACUGAGCAUGACCUCACAUCACACCUCGUGCCACAGUAAAACAUCCAUGGUAGGGACCACUUUAUACGCUCACGUUACGAAUAUUUACAUAGACAGGCUUGCCAGGUUGUGGAGAAGGACAUCUCAUGUAAGUGUGAGAGAAAUGUAAAAGUUAGUUAUUACUCAUGUAAGUGCUGUUAAAAAGAACUCAACGAAAAUAUACAAAUAAUCUACUCUGGCUACGACUAACUUUGUUUGAUAUGUAGUGUAGUUUUUAAUACUUUUGAUGAACGUUUUAGCGUUGCUCCAUUGAGCAAGCAGACGCUGACUUUUAUCAGCUGAGACUAUACAUCUGGCAACAGACUAUUUAAACGAUAGAUACAAAUCAAAAACAUUUCCUGAGCUUCGAAUUCAAAUAGAAAUAGUUACAAAAAUAUAAAUCAAAAGUGUAAUGAAAAUCUCUUCAUGCUGUCAAUGUAGACCGGGCAAAUGUCAACAUUUUAAAUAUUUGCCAGAUACAGUGCAACUUCUUGAAGCCUAAUUAAUUCGAAGGAGAGCCUUUCCCGUUACCGGGGUUGUCAAGCCCACUGCAAAUAACACAUAGUUAGUAACGUUCAAGUCCUCUACUUGUAAUUAAGAUCCAACUCCUUUAAUCAACAUCUAUUGAGUGAAUAACUUAUGACUCGAUAUUUCCUAUGUAAUUUUUAUUGUUGAAUAACGCUUAGAGAAUCACUCCUUUUAGAGUUUAAUCAGUCACCAUCAACGUGAAGCAGAUGUGGAAGACUGACGAUUAAUCCCAAGAAACGGCAGUUAAUUCUUAAUGAGCUUGAAGAGGUGUUUUUGUUUGUUGUGAAAUAUAUGUAAAGUAAAAAAUAUAACAACGCGAACGAGAGAGCGAGAUAUAAACCCCAAGCAAAGCACGUGGUUUAGCGAGAGCACGCGCUACCGAAGAUUCUCAGUAAUGUAUUUAGCCUUCGAAUUGCUUGUGCGCACCCCUUGUAUUUACUGCUUUGCAAUGGCUGGCGAUAGCAUGUUACACUUCCCCAUCUAAAUAAGCGCAUUUAGAAUUGAAGAUGUAAGGUUAGCACACAUGCCUUAUCCGACUGCUCGCUAAUUAACCUGCGAUCGAACGGUGCUCCGGUCAGAGUUUAACGUUGCAUUUUUACAAAAUUGAUCUCGGUACCCCGAAUUGCGGCCUACCUGAGUCUAGCUUCACGAUGUUUUACUGUAUUUUAAGGUACCUUACUAUAAGGUGCGUUUUUACCAACUUUGUCAGUCAAACCGGCAACCCCUUUUCCUGCUCUGAAGGGCUGGUCCAAAACAAUUAGUUUCCUAUAUUUUUGUUGAAUAAGGUCAGUGUUAAUUUAAGAAUGUGGUUACUCCAUAUGUCAUUCCUCGUGCUUGUACACUGCUCACAAUGCAGUCCCAUAUAUUUCUUGGCGUUUCGUUUUGCGAAGUUGUGUUUUCAUUGCAUUAGUGGUAUGUACUGAGGCAUAAAAACAUCUUAUCUAAAAGAUAAGCAGCUCAAUUUCAGGAUUCAUGCAACCUGUGGUCUGGUGUCCUCUUAGCAGAUGGUAUCUGUGGACAUAUCCAGAUAUUUAAACGAGGGCAUUUACCUCUCGUAAUUUCAGUGUCAGACACAUUUUUAGCAAUUUACAACUUUAAAUGUACCAGUUUGUUAAUGUUACGUAAGCACAACACUCUUUUUGCUUGUAACUAAGUUUCAAGAGGUCAGGUUCAAUGGAUAUCCAAUGGGAACACCCAUGGUUCGAUCCUAGCGAAUCAGAAACAAGGGGUGUUAUUAUAUAUAAAGAGACAAAUAUUUUGGUGAGUGAACAGAGGGUGGAGACAUUGAUUUUUAAUACAUUUUAUGAUGUUCCUAGAAACUUAACACAAUUCAAAUGUAAUUCAUUUGUUAACAAAUUACACGAAGCCUCUUCAAUAUACCAAAAUGGCAAAUGCACUUAUCAAACUGCUUUCGAGGUUUGAUAUGUUGUUUUUUAAACUGUGUUGUUUUGAGUCUCUCGAGUAAACAAAAUUUAAUCCUUUAAAUGAACAUUAUUGACGCAAUCAAUCUCAAGUCUGCAUUCCAUGAAUAUCGACGUAAGGGCUCACCCCAACUCGUGGUUACGUACGUUUCAUACAGUUACAGACAACAGCGGGCUGCACUUUCAAUCCAGCAGUGCAUUUUUUGGCAUGGAUAAUUUCUUUCGUUCCCAAGCCUAUGUGCAUAUCUUGUGGUUAAAACGUUCCUUAGCAAACACAUCCAACGAAAUAUUAAUUUGAUCAACAUGGCUCUGAAAUGACCACGCGCGAUGCAAUGUGGCACGGGACGAUUACUUCGUAUCACGGCAGUCUUCCUGAUAUCCAGUGCCUAAUCAAUAGAAAUAUAAUCACACUGGGUACAUUAUCCCACACUGUAUUGCUCUUCGUUCAUUCAUGCUGUCCCUGUGAUUUUCUACACAGCUACUGGUUCCUCUUUUUAUUGUUUGCCAAGUGUCACAAUUCCAUACCUGCCAACCCCCCUUAUCAGUGCCUACCUUAUUACACACCAAUUCAGAUCUUAUGUGUCAACUUUAAUCCUGCAAAGUCCCAUCACAAGGAAGAAACACAAACAUCGAUUUUUGUUGUUGGCCGUAUUUAAAUUGGCUGUACACCGUAUGGACCUGAAAAUGUAAUUUCCCUGGACAAGAAUACGGGUAAACCGUAUGGUUUGACACGGUAUGAAAUUCACUCAACUUUUCUACGGCGUUCAGUUAAUAAAAAAAGCUCCCCCCCCCCCCCCCAUUCAUGUAUAGAUUGGUUUCGCACUACUUCUGAAAUGGAGCUAAAUGAUGGAAUAUGCUAGAAGAGCGAUUCCUCAAACAAUGCGCGUCGAGUUUUUGGCCACAAUCCGCAGGGUGGUAGGGGCGUCACGCGCCGUUCGUACCGGAUCCGGCCGCCUGUUGUGGGAGUGUCGCGUAACAGGGCUGGCCUGCUGACGGGCCAAGCUGACCAAUCGGGCUGACUGUACCAUCACAAUGAGGUGGAAUGACAAGAGUCUAAACAUUUGUAUGAUUUGGGGCCAAAGUGCCGCCCUGCUUUAAUGAACAGUGCGAUGGCAUUCAUCACUGGUGGCUCCGAGCCUUUGGUAUAAAUUCAACAUUGUCAUAGUUUGGGACAAUUUUUUUUUCUACAUUUGAUUCCCACUGUUGACUUCUCUCAAAGCUGUACGACGUACUUUUUUGUUGACCCUGAAGGGAUGAUGGUCUGAGUUCAUCACGAAGUAGGAUUCCAACUUGCAACAUUCUCAUUGUGAGUCAAGCUCUCUUAACUAUAACGCCAAUCGCGAUGUUGUGAGACUGUAAUGUCUACUUCUGUCUUACAAUGUCCAGUUCAGAUAUACAUUUGCACAGCAUAGCAAGUCAAUGCAUUACUGUGUUGAGGCAUAUCUCGUGAUAUGAUUUGCUGGAUGAAGCAACUCCAGUGGCAUACAACCUCUACUUGUAACAUCUCUGAGCAUCGCAUGCUGGUAUCACGUGAUAGCCAUCCCUACAACCAAACGACCUCAGGCAGAACGUUUGGUAGCUCAUGGAACAGCUGCUCUUGACGUGCGAUGAGGAGGGCAAUUGCCAAAGGUGGUGGGUAAAAAUGUGUAAUUUAAUACAUAUCAUGAUUUUAAAUUACUUAAAUGUAAAUUGUGUUCUUGGGACACGUGCUCGCUGAGCACGUGGCUGACUAACACAAUGAAGGGCACAGGUUGAUUUAUUGCGUCAGUCCAGCCACGUGCUCCUCAACCCACCAUCACCAAUGGAGAUCGGCUCCUUACAAGGGGGAUCUCUUGGGUACACUUACUGCAGCCAUAUUUCUGGAUACCAUUCUCUGCGAUGUUCGUAUUCUUGUUUAACGUGUCUGUGAAAUAGGAGACUAACAGAUCUCGCUCCAUUUGGUUGACAAGCACAUUACAUGGUAAUGUGUACUUUUUGUUAUUGGGAUGGAAACAGUAAAUACUUUCAUAAACCAUGUUAUAUUGUGUACAUUAUGCUCUCCACUGGCUCACCUCGCAGCAAACUUGUCGGGAGCUAGCCUGGGAUGUAUAUUUUAAAGUGGACCAUUUACAGUUAUAAUAUUUAUGGUAUUGCAUAUCUACUUUUGGCCCUUUUAGUACACAUUAAAGGUUUAUAUAAAUAUGCACGUAUAAUUCAUUACAAUGUGUAAUUGUAACCAGUGAUUAGCACACUUGCACAGUUUACUGGUUUUCUAAGAGCUUGGCUGAACAUACCAUAGUAGUACAUCAUCUGUGAGGCCUUGGCCUUUUCUAAUGAGAUGUAGCACUCUUCAUCGGCGAUGUUACAGUUCAGUAUGUUUGAAACACUUAUUUACUUUUUAAACUUGUCUGUUGGACUUCGUGACCUACUUCAUGA